GACAUCAGAAAAACAAAGAAAAUUCCUCCCAGAAAGAAUGGGUUGUGUUUCUUCAAAGCACGUUAAGAAAAAGAUCAAACGAGAUAUUCUUCUCAACAAUGGCGGCGGUUAUGCAAACCAUGUGGUUUCUCUCAAGUCAAGCACUUACGGUGUCCUUAAACUCGACAACGAUGAAUUGCAGCAUCAAAUAGAAGAAGAUGGGGUUAAGAGAUCGCCUCCUCGUGAAGAACCUGAGGUAAUCAAUGCCUGGGAACUCAUGGAAGAUCUCGAUGAAGAUAGAUUUUUCAAAAGGAGUCCAAAAUCGCGUGUUCUUGUUAGGGAAAAGGGUAUGAGAAGUCCAUUGAAGUUCUUGAAUCAGAUAGGUUCUCCAUUGAAAGCGAACAAGUAUGGCGGGAAAGAGAACAAAGGAAGCCCGAAAUCGAUACCGGGAGUGAAUAAUCCCAUGGAUAGUUCGUGUAAAGCAGCGUUGAAGUUGAGUUAUCCGGUGAAAAGCACCAGAAUCGAAGGGCUUGAGGUUGGUGACUUUGGGUUUUCGUCGAGGAGAAGUGGUUUUAUUCCCUUGUUUGAUCCAGAACUUGUCGCUUUGUACGAGAAAGAGUUGUCUGAAGAAGAGGAACAAAUCAAGAUAAUAAUUUCACCCGAAUUCGAACCCCGAAAUUCGAAGAAAUCUCAGGACUCGAAGGCCGUUCUUCAAGAUUUCGAGCCGAAAUGCCCACCAGGUGGAAAAAAUGCAGUUGUGGUCUACACUACAACGUUGAGAGGGAUUAGAAAGACCUUUGAGGGAUGCAACACGGUGAGAUCGAUCAUCAAAUCGCACCACAUCCAAAUAUCCGAGCGCGAUAUAUGGAUGGAUUCCGGGUUUAAGGAAGAGUUGAGGAAGCUAACAGGCACAAAGGAAGUGAAAGUUCCACUGGUAUUUGUGAAAGGAAAGUUGAUUGGGGGAGUCGAAGAGAUUCUGAAGCUAGAAGAGGAAGGGAAACUUGAAAUGUUGUUUGAAGGGAUCCCCAUGUCAGUUACCGGGUGUAAAGGCUGUGGUGGGGUGAGAUUUGUGAUGUGCAAACAAUGCAAUGGAAGCUGCAAAGUUUUAGAUAAGGAACUGAAGAAGAAGAUACAGUGUGUGGAGUGCAACGAAAAUGGAUUGAUUCGAUGUCCUAUUUGUUGUUGUUAAUAACCCCUCUUUGAUUCAUUUUGGAUUUGGGAUUCCCACUAGGUAUUUGUAUUUGUAUUUGGUCUGCU